CUGCUGGGUCUCCUGGUGCGCCUGCUGCUCUGGGGCUCUCCAGGAGCCUGGGCGAGCUACCUGAGGAGAUCCUCCAGCUGCACACCCAUUCCACACCACAUGGCCUUGUGCUACGAUAUCGGCUACUCCGAGAUGAGGAUUCCCAACCUGCUGGAGCAUGAGACCAUGCCAGAAGUGAUCCAGCAGUCUUCCAGCUGGCUGCCCUUGCUGGCCAGGGAGUGCCACCCAGACGCUAGGAUUUUCCUCUGCUCCCUCUUUGCACCAAUCUGCUUGGACAGGCUCAUCUACCCCUGCCGCAGCCUGUGCGAAGCCGUCAAGAGAAGCUGUGCACCCGUCAUGGCUUGUUACGGCUACCCCUGGCCCGAAAUCCUGAACUGCAGCAAGUUUCCUGCAGAUCAUGAACUGUGCAUUGCAGCAGUGUCCACAGAUGAAAACUCCUCGAGCAGGAGAAUGCCCCGAGCCAGCUGCAAGGACUGUGAGCUUGAGGAGGCCAGCACUGCCAGGGAGAUCCUGGAAAACCUCUGCACCAAUGAUUUUGCAGUGAAAAUCCGAAUCCUGAGGAAGAACACCACCACCACCAUCUCGGACUUCGACCUGGACCCCUCCAAGGUGGAGGUCCUGAAGCACGGCCCACUCCUCAGAACUGAAAUCCCCGCCCGGCUCCAGCAGUGGCUGGACAUAGAUGCUACCUGCGUCCACAACAUCAUGAGAGGCACUCACGCAGGGGUCUUCGUUGUAAGCGGCGAAGUACAGAGUGACAAAGUGGUGGUGAACAAGGCCUACGCCUGGCAGAAGAAGAACAGGAACCUGCACCAGGCGGUGCGGAGGUGGAAACAUCACCGCUGCCCUGAACAGGCUGGCCGGAAGGUCUGA